AUGGCCCGCAGUACUUUCAAGGUGGCUCGACUUACAGCCAUCACGCUGUUCCUCGUCUUCCUCAUCUACAAGUUUGCCGGUAACAAACCUGAAACACUCUUAGAACAAGGCUCACAACAACUUGACUACCUGCGUCAGCGUAUGCCUUCAUCUUUUGCAGGUGGUUCCAGCAUCAAGGAGCCAGAAGAUGAAAGAGUCAGUGCGACGUUUGUUACUCUUGCCCAGAAUAAGGACUUGUACUCGCUUGUGGAUUCCGUCAAGGCUAUGGAGGACCGUUUCAACCACAGAUAUCACUACGACUGGGUUUUUUUGAACGACAAGGAAUUCAAUGAUGAGUUCAAGUCUGUUAUGACCAACCUUAUUUCAGGUAACGUGUCUUUUGGUGUCAUUCCCAAGGAACACUGGGGAUACCCAGAAUUCAUUGACCAGGAAAAGGCUGCUCGCAACCGUAAGGCCAUGGCUGCCAAGAAGAUUAUCUAUGCAGGCUCCGAAUCAUACCGUCACAUGUGCCGCUUUGAGUCGGGCUUUUUCUGGAGACAUCCUCUCAUGCAAAAGUACCGCUGGUAUUGGCGAGUGGAGCCCGGUGUGAAGUUUUACUGUGAUAUUGAGUACGAUUUGUUCAAGUACAUGCAGGACAAUGACUACAAGUACGGCUUCACUAUUUCUAUGCAUGAGUUUAGAGAAACCAUCCCCACGCUGUGGAACACAACUCUUGAGUUUGUUAAGAAACAUCCUGAAUAUGUUGCCAAGGACAAUCUUCUUAAGUUUGUUUCUGAUGAUGGCGGUAAGACUUACAAUCGCUGUCAUUUCUGGUCCAACUUUGAGGUGGCUGAUAUGGAAUUUUGGCGUGGUCCGGCAUACUCGGAAUACUUUGACUACCUGGAUCAAACAGGUGGUUUCUUUUAUGAACGUUGGGGUGAUGCUCCAGUACAUUCGAUAGCAGCAGCGUUUUUCCUUAAUAAAACCCAAUUCCAUCAUUUUGAAGACCUUGGAUAUUACCACGGGCCCUAUACAGCGUGCCCAACUACACAGGAACUGCGUCGUAAAGGUCGUUGUACUUGUGAUCCAUCUAAAAACUUUUCUUGGAAGGGAUUUUCGUGUACUACUCAAUAUUAUAAAGCCCAGGACAUGGAAAUUCCUCAAAAGUCUUAA